CACCCGCCAGCCCCGCGCUCCUCCGGGCAGAGCGCGUGUGGCCGCCGAGCACAUGGGCCCGCGGGCCGAGCGGGCUCAGGGAGGCCGGGACGAGGAGGGGCGACGAGGAGCUGCGAGCAAGGAUGUGCCUCGGGACCCCCCGCACCUUCCCGUGGAUUUCCUUGCGGAAAGGAUGUUGACGGUCCCUGUGACCUGUGGAGACACGGCCAGAUCUGCCCUCCAGCCUGAUCUUUUGGCCAGAAGGAGAUUAAAAAGAUGCCCCUCAAGAUGGCUGUGCCUGUCAGCUGCAUGGAGCUUCGUUCGAGUAUUUUCUGAGCCUGAUGGAUUUACAGUGAUCUUCGGUCGUCUGAGGAAUAACUCUGGUGGAACAAUGCACUGGAAUGACACACACCCUGCACAUUUCAGGAUACUAAAAGUGGUUUUAAAGGAGGCCCUGGCUGAAUGCCUCAUGGAUUCUUACAGCUUGGAUGUCCAUGCGGGAUGAAGGACCGCAGCUGGCUGCGAGGACUGAGAUCUCUGUUUACUUGGGUCUCUGCCAACUUCCUCUGGGUCUCCCUGUGGAAUGUAAGACCCCGACUCUUCCUGGUGAAGCAUCUGAUGCAUGUUCCAUCUGGCGCUCAGCUGGGCUUGAGGUUACCUAGCCCCUGUGCAAUUCACCUUCCGAUUGGAGAAGGAAGAUAAUACAGCCCUGCCUCUUGGCCUGUGGAGAGGAAUGGAUGAUCUGAAACUGUGGCAUGCUUGAUAUUCUGCUGGCAGAGGAGAACAGAUGUUAACACAGAACACACCUCUGUCCCGAACCUCCUGGGAGCCUCGGAGAUCCUGAGUCUGCCUGGCCUUGGCACUCAGGCUCUUCAGACAUCAGAGGACAGCAUUGGGCCCAGCAUGACUUUCUGCAGUCCCAGGCAACAUCA